UCACAUGAAACUAAACUUGAGAGAAAAAAGGAAAGCUGCUGUGAGAAGAAAUGAAAUUGCACCUACAUGAAAGCUGAUGUUAUCCCGUUGAUAACUUAAUAUUACAUUUUGGAUAAGAAUAGCAACGUGGGGAAAAAACUGGAAGAGCAAAAAGAAACAUGGACGAGGAUGGACUGCCCAUAGUUGGCUCUGGAGUAGAUUUGACAAAGGUCCCUGCUAUACAGCAAAGGAGAAUUGUUGCACAUUUGAACCAGUUCGUCGUUCACACCGUUCGGUUCCUUAACCGAUUUUCAACGGUUUGCGAGGAGAAACUUGCGACCAUAUCUUUACGAAUACAGCAAAUCGAAACCACUCUCAGCAUUUUGGAAGCAAAGCUGUCCUCUAUUCCUGGACUGGAAGAUGUAAGGGUGGAGGGAGUGGCUGAGAGGCCGGCAGCUGCUGCAGCCAAUGGACCAGUGGCCCCCUCCGCCUCUACCACAGGGCACACAGCCACACCUGCGGCACCACCACCAGCAGCACCUGCAGAGCCUCUUCAUCAACCGCCAGAAGCGGCCGCAGAGCCGAAGGUGGAGAGUGCGGAGUCGAGCGCCAUGACCGUGGCCAAGGACCCGCGCUACGCCCGCUACCUGAAGAUGGUUCAAGUGGGUGUUCCUGUAAUGGCCAUAAAGAAUAAGAUGGUUUUGGAAGGACUGGACCCCAAUCUGCUCGACACCCCCAAUGCCCCAGUACCCGAUGGGGACAACAAAAAAACAGCAGAAGAGCAAGACGAUGACAGCUCAGGCAGCGAAUCAUCUUUCAGCGACUGACCUUGUCAGCCUAUCACCAUCAAGCUGUCUCAGUGAGACCACCUCCUCUCAGCCUUCCAUUGAAGCUCUAACUCCCUUUCAGAUAUAUGGUCUACAGUAAGGGGACAUAACUUGAGUCUAUGUAAAUUAAUCUUGAAAAUAUGACGGCUAUCUACACUCUCCCCUACGAAUCAUCAGCCCAACUUUAUACUAUGUGCAGUAGCUUUGUGUAUUGUGUACGUCGACAUACUUGAUAUUAGAGCCUCUUCUCAAUGUCUCUCCUCGGUCCUCGAUCCUCGGUCCUCCGGCUCGUUCCCGCUGAUCAAUAGAGAAUGAUGGGGCGGCAACAAUGGGAUAGUCUAUCUGGUGUUUUAUUUUAAUAGGUAGCGAGAAUAGGAGGACCGAGGAUCGAGGACCGAGGAGAGACAUUGAGAAGAGGCUCUUGAGAAGUGCACUGGCCUCUUCAAAUCAGUGUUCUAAAACAUUAAGGGCAUUUGCUAGAAAGUCAGGCUGAAUUGUAAUACACAUACAUUGUUAUGUAUGGCUUUUAACAACCAAACAAAACAAAACAAAAAAACACAUUGUAACCUGCCUCAAAAAAGACAUUAGUCGUGAAGGAUUCGCCCUAUUAAGAUGACUAACAGCUAGUCUGCACCUCUCUAGAAUCCCAUUUUAAACCUGCUGCUUUCAUUUUGCCAUUAUGUUUUAUUUUAUUAUUUUAUGUAUUUUUUUUCUCAGUCUGUCUUAAAUGAUGUGUGUCGAGCGCUUCAGAAGGAGCCUCUUGGAUAGACACAGCUAAUUCUGUAAGGGGGGGGCACCAGCACAAUCCUUGGUAUCUCUGACCAACAAUAUUAUAGAGGGUAUAUUUUUACGAUUACGAUUUGCUGCCUGUAAAACAGACUGCUUGGGAGUGCUGUUGCCUCAGUUUACUCAGACAUAAUGCACACAAUUUGUGUGAUUGAGUGUGUGCCUGUCUGCGUGCGUGCGCGCGCUUGUCUGUGUGUUUGUGUGUCUGUAUGUGUGUGUAUUUAGUUUGUGUGUUUCAUGGUGUGUGAAGGAGAGACUGAAUGUGUGCGUGCAUGUUUUGUGUUUAUAAAUCUGUAUGUGUGUGAGAGAGAACGAGAGAGAGGGAGAGACCUGUACAGACCACUAAAGCCUGUGGUAUGGAGUACAUUGUGUCCUAGCGAAUGUUGUCAUGAGAAACCAUUCCUCCGCCAUUGACGUAGUCCAGUGCUUGUUUCUUCAUGGACACUUUGAGAUUGUCUUCUCAGUGGUUGCCACUGAUCUGUGGAGAGUAACGGUUCAUUCAGAUUUGCACUUAAGAUUGUAUCAUCUCGCGAGGCAAACAUACAGUAGAUACAUGGUGGAUGAACGGUCCAUAACUUUGCCAUUUUUUUUUGUUUGUCUGACUAACUGACUUGU